CUGAGCUGGAACAGCUGGCGUCACUUUUUGGCGGCAUGACAGAAGAAGGCAUCAGCUGCGCCUUCGUGACGGGACUACCGGACAGUGUCAGGCAAGUGCUGAAGGCAGGGGCUCGCGUCGACUCUCUCCCCCUGCGUGAGCUGGCUGAUCGGGCUCGCGCCAUCUUGCGUGAGAGUCAGGGAGUGGUCGCCAUGGCAACCGGCAGUGACGUCAGCGGACCCCGGCGCCGGUGGAGCCGCGGGUCGGCGGUGGAAGCGGGCGCAGGGAGACGGGGACCGUGCUAUUCCUGCGGCGAGUUCACUCACUAUGCUCGCGCGUGCCCGGCACGUGACGUUACGGGACGCCCCGCUGGUGGUGAGGCGCGGACCCCGCGACAGCAGCGGAUCUCCGACGAAGGCGAGUCACCGUCGCCUUUCGGGCGUGCGGGCAGCCGGUGCACCCAGAUUCAGUGCUAUCGGUGCAGGAAUUGGGGCCACAUCGCCGCAUAUUGCCCGGAGGGAAACGACCAGCGAGGGGAGGCACCUGCGCCGGCCUCUUCUCGGGAUUGAAGUGGGCUGGCGCACUGCCGAUAAAGGAGCUGGAUGUGAAUGGGGCGAGGUGUGCAGCGCUCGUGGACACCGGCUGCAGUCGGACUCUCGUUCACGUCUCGCUGUGCAGGCGGUGGCACCGGCGUGAGCUGCACGCGGUGACUGUGAGCGGUGAGCAUCUGAAAUGUGUUGGCAUUGCUGAUGUGCGAGUGGCCGUACCGGGGCUGCGGCGGGUGACGGUGAGCGCGCUGGUGGUGAGGGAUAAGCCACUCGGCUUUUCCAUGAUAGCGGGCAUGGAUGCAGUGAGAGAGCUCGGUGGAGUGCUUGUCCGCUCGCCCGGUGAUGUGCACUUCGGCUGUGAGCCGGCAGGAGAGGCGUGCGCUGCGUCGCCGGUGAAGGAGGGGUCGCUGCGAGUCGACAGAGAAGAUUUCUGCGUCACCUUCGACCCGGUCCGGCGGGAGUGGACAGUGUCAUGGGAGUGGUCCGCUGGUAACCCACCGCCCGACCUGGCCGGUCACGUGGACGAGUACCCAGUGCCGGCAGAAGCGCGUGCCGAAUAUGAGGCGGAGCUAGACGACUGGGUGAAGAAUGGGUGGCUGCGAGAGUAUGAUGAGAGCGAGAUGGGUCCCCCGAAGGGGCUCAUUCCGCUGAUGGCGGUCGUCCAGAAGACAAAGGUCAGGCCGGUCAUGGAUUUCCGGCCCCUCAAUCGUCACCUGACAACUCAUACGGCAGACGCCGACGUCUGUGCAGAGCAGACGCGCAGGUGGAGGCGGAUGGGAACGAACGUGGCCUUGUUGGACCUGAAGAAGGCUUACCUUCAGAUUCACGUCGACAAGAAACUCUGGCCUUACCAAACAGUGAUCUACAGAGGAAAGCGGCAUUGUCUGACGAGAUUGGGUUUCGGCAUGAACCUGUCGCCCUCCGUGAUGAAGGCCGUGCUGGAAACUGUGCUAUCGCAGGACGCGAAGGUGGAAGCGGCCGUGUCAUCAUAUGUGGACGACAUUCUGGUGAAUGAGGCGGUGCUUCCGGCCCGAGACGUGGCUGAGCACCUGAGGAACUUCGGACUGGAGAGCAAGGAGCCGGUGAGGGCAGACAGCGGCGCUCGCGUCCUGGGUCACCGUGUCUGGGGGGAACGUGACGGGCACCUCCGGUGGCGCCGGGACAGUGAAGUGUGCGCGGACGUGCUGGCGACACCAGUGACAAAGCGAAGCGUGUUCUCGCUGUGUGGACAGCUUACGAGCCAUUACCCUGUGUGCGGCUGGCUCCGUCCUGCCGCCUCGUUCGUGAAACGACUGGUGAGUGAGGCUGCGCACGGGUGGGACGAGCCAGUUCGUGAUGAAAAUGUCGUGCGGCUGGUGAACGAGUUGGUGGCGAGAGUGAGAGCAGAUGACCCAGCGAAGGGUCAGUGGGAUGUCGGUGACGGUGUAGCGACUGUGUGGACUGACGCAAGCUCACUCGCUCUCGGUGUUGCUCUCGAAGUGGGAGGUGAGAUUGUAGAGGACGCGAGCUGGCUGAGGCCUCGUGAUGACGUCAGCCACAUAAAUCUGGCCGAGCUGGACGCGGUGUUGAAGGGGGUUAACCUGGCCAUUCAGUGGGGAGUGUCAGUGAUGCGUCUCAUGGUCGAUUCUCGGACUGUGUAUCAUUGGGUUAGUGACCUGCUGAGUGGUCGGGCGCGACUUCGAUCGAAGGCGACGUCUGAGAUGUUGAUCAGGCGCCGGCUCGGCACACUGAGGGCUCUCGUCGAUGAGUAUGGCUUGAGUGUGAGCGUGUUCAGUGUCUCGUCUGCCUCUAACAAGGCCGACACACUGACGAGGGUGCCGGAGAAGUGGAUGAAGGGGCGGACGGCGAACGGAGACGCCGCAGCGGUCGCCGACUCCGGCGGGGCGGCUGUCUCAGACACAGCCGCGGCCGGUGGCACCGCCUCGUCCGACUCCGACGGAGACGCUGUCAACGCCGCGCUCGGCACGGCCGGUCCCGCGCCGGCUCGCGGAGACGGAGACGGCGAGACAACCACGUCGGGGAACGGCCGCCAAGAGGACGAUGACGCCCUAUUGAAUGAGGUGAAGAGAAUUCAUCACACGGCUGGGCAUCCGGGCAUUCGAAGGACGUACUUUUUCGUGAGACGCGCCCUCCCGGAGGUGUCUAAGAGUGUCGUCAGAGAGGUUGUUUUGGCCUGUGAAACGUGCCGCUCUAUCGACCCUGCGCCGGUAAAAUGGAAGAAAGGUGAACUGUCAGUUGCUACGGUGUGGGAGCGCGUAGCGAUGGAUAUCACGCACUUUCGGGGCGGCACUUACCUCACGCUGGUCGACUGUGGUCCGAGCCGGUUUACCAUAUGGCGGCCCUUGCGGCUGCAGACGAGUGCAGCGGUGAUUGACCAGCUUGAAUCUGUGUUCUGUGAGCGCGGCGCGCCGAGUGAGAUACUCACUGAUAACGACCCGGCUUUUCGGAGCAGGCAAUUCCGAGCCUUUGCGUGUCACUGGGGGAUAAAAAUCCGUUUCCGGUGCGCUCAUGUGCCCUCUGGGAACGGAAUGAUUGAACGCUGUCAUAGAACUGUGAAGGUCAUCGCGGCUCGAAAAGACUGCACUAUUAGGGAGGCGGUUUUCCGCUACAACGUGCUCCCACAAGAUGACACGACGGCGGACUCAGCUCCGGCCUGUCGGCUGUAUCAAUACAGAGUGCGCGUGCAGGGCGUGGAUCAGGAUAACGUAGCUCGUGAGCGGAAGGCGACGGACCCAAGUGUAUUUUGUCCAGGAGACAAAGUGUGGGUUAGGCCGCCCGACGGGCGGUGUGACAGCCGUUACGAGACGGGUGAAAUAACUGGUAUCGUUUCACCUCAGUGCGUGGAGGUCGGUGGUGUGCCGCGACACGUAAAAGACCUACGCCCGCGUGCGCCGUCUGAGUGUUAUGAAGCGUCGUCUGCGAACGACGACGGUGAUGAGCCCGUGAUGUUCUGGACGGGAGACGCUGGAGCGCACGCCGAUGCGGCGGUGGAUGGAGAUAACGAUUUGGCUGCGGAUGCCGGUGGUGUCGAUGCCGAUAGGCGGGCCGAGCCGCCUCUGAGGAGGUCACAACGUCUGCGGAAUCCGUGUCCGCCGUGCAAUUGUGGCCGUGAGUGACUUAAAAGUCAGGGGGGAAUGUACUGGGCACUGGCAGCGUUGAUUGUACUGUGUUGUAUUGUGAACUGCAGCGCUGAUCUAUUUCGCCGGCACGCUCGGAUUGGUGCACGUGCGGGCGAUCGAAAAAUCAAGGAUGUGCCGGCGGCCGGCGGCAGCGGCCGACUCGGCAGUGCGAGUCAGGUGGGUGCGGGGGAGUGUUGUUUUGUGUGCAGGUGCCCAUUGCGAGAGUGAAAAUAUA